AUGCUCAGCAGUGGCGGCCUGACUCCUCACACAGAGCUGCAGUCUGUUGAACAUAGUGCUGGAACGCAAAGCAUGACCAAUGCAGAGCUGGAGCCAGGGGCCAGCAGCCAGGGGCCCAGGCGAGUGGCUGCCUCCAGCUCUGCAGCACACCCUUCACCUGCGAACGGCGCUGCGGGCGAGCAGACCCCUGGCUGGCUGACUGACCACUGUGGCAUUAAAGAUAUGCAGGAGAUCUGCAAUCAGCUCUUCUGCAUUUUUCCUCCAUGA